AUGGCUGCAGAUCUCAAGCUGAUUGUCAUUCACACAGUUUUUCAUGAUUUUUGUGUCUCUGAGAACGAUAAUGCUAGGAGUUCUGUUUCUGAAAGCACCGGCACUCCUUCCCCCUAUAUCACAAAUCAACCUUAUACCACCCCAGACCAUUCUCAGAAUGUUUACCAGGUACCUCAACCAUACAAUGUGGCAGGUAAUACAUAUUCAGAAGCUUACCCACAACAACCUACUGGAGCCUAUGGAUACAACAACGCAUAUCAACCUCAAAAACCAACCAAUAUGUUUGUUCCACCUAGCACACCUGUCAACUCUCAGGGUGCUACAAAUCAACAGUAUUCUUCUGGACCAUCUGCUCCUUAUCAAAGCGGACCUCCAACAACAUUUCAUCAGCCUGUAUCACCUGUUCAAUAUCAGACUGCUGCUCCACCAGUAUCUUCUCUUGGUCCGAGCGCCCCCGUACCGGGAACAGCCCCUAGCCAGAUGUUUAUGCCAUCAAACAAUCAAAGCUUUGUUCCGAGGCCAGGUUUAAGUCCUGCACAGCCCUCAAGUCCGACGCAGGUGCAGGCACAGUCAGCUCCUCCUGCACCUCCCCCGACUGUGCAGACAGCUGAUACGACAAAAGUGUCUGCUGAGCUGAGACCUGUUAUUGGUACACUAACCAGACUAUUCAAUGAGACGUCCAAAGCUCUGGGAGGAUCACAUGCUACUCAAGCAAAAAAUCGUGAAAUCGAGGACAAUUCAAGGAAAAUAGGGGCAUUGUUUUCAAAACUAAAUAGUGGCGACAUAUCGCCAAAUGUUUCAUCAAAACUCAUUCAAUUGUGCAGUGCAAUUGAUGCUAGUGAUUUUGCCACUGCGAUGCACCUCCAGGUACUCUUAACAACAAGUGACUGGGAUGAGUGCAACUUCUCGCUUGCGGCAUUGAAGCGUAUGAUCAAGACAAGGCAGAAUUUCAGAAUGUAA